UCACAGUUUAGACCCCGCCCCUCGCAGCGUUCGAUCCCUCCCAGAGUGAGUCAGGCCAGGGGCCGGCAGUGAGCGCUAGUGAUCCGCUUCCUUCCAGUCCCUGUAUCAGCCGCAGUGACUCGGCGAGAAGCCGCAUUGGAGGCCCUUCUCCUCCGCUCCCAGCGUCUCUCCUCACCGCCUGCCUGCCCGCCCGCCUCGGCCCCCGCCCGCCCUGCUCCAUGGCGCUGAAGAGAAUACAGAAAGAACUUAAUGAUUUGCAGCGUGACCCUCCUGCCCAGUGUUCAGCAGGACCAGUGGGUGAUGACUUGUUCCAUUGGCAAGCAACCAUCAUGGGACCUACUGACAGUCCAUAUCAAGGCGGUGUUUUCUUCCUUACAAUCCAUUUUCCAACAGAUUACCCUUUCAAACCACCAAAGGUUGCAUUCACAACGAAAAUAUAUCACCCAAACAUAAACAGCAAUGGAAGUAUUUGUCUUGAUAUCCUGAGGUCACAGUGGUCCCCAGCACUGACUGUUUCAAAAGUUUUGUUGUCCAUAUGCUCUUUACUGUGUGAUCCAAAUCCAGAUGAUCCUUUAGUACCAGAUAUUGCACAGAUCUACAAGUCAGACAAGGAAAAAUACAACAGACUAGCAAGAGAAUGGACUCAGAAAUAUGCAAUGUAAAUUUGUGAAAAUUAUAACUUCGUAUAAUCCAGUGUACUGUAAAUUCUAGGUUUUUCAAAAUGAGAAGAAACCGAGCACAGUUUACUGUUCCAAAGUCCUUCAAAGCCCCUUUGAUUUUUAGACCCUUUAAGCUUCAUGGAAGCGAAGCAAACUCCAAAAAAAACUUAGGAUGGAAGUGUCAUUAUUUUUUUUUAUUUUUUUGUGUGUACUUUGCAAAAGACAUUUGAUGUGGUUUUUAAGAUACCUGAACUUCUGAUUAAAAUCCAUAAUGCAGGUUUAAAGCAACCAAACGUUUCUGAAGACUAGAUAUUUUUCUUUACUUGAGCAAUACUACAUAUUUGUAACCGCAUUGAAUUGUCAUUGUUUGUCCUUUUUUAUUUUUUGUAAAUCUGUUCAGAUUUCAUUCUAUUUAGUUCACUAUUUAAUUUGUAUUUUUUUUUUUUUUUUAAUGUAUAGACUGAAUAUAUUUUAUUUACCUUUGUAAGUAAACACACUUUUAGGCUUUUUUUUUUUUUCUGUCUUAUGCACAGUAUUGUCAGAACACCACUCCUAGUCAAAGAGAACCCUUUAAUUUAGAACCCCGCUUUAGAUUAUUCAAUAAAUGGAUUGCAGAUUUCUUAAAAACUAAAAUGAUCUUUGCACUGUAAUUCUCAAUGCUAAUUAUGGGGAAACGUUUUGAUUCUGUUGCAUACUUGACACUAGUUUAUUGCAAUGUGAACUAAUUGCACUGCUAACUAGAAGAAGAAACGUAUGUUUCCUUGCUCUUCACUUUUUUAUUUUUUUUUAUUUUAUCUUCUAGUUUCUGUUUUUCAUAUGGGCAAUAUAAACUCACAGAUCUUUUACAAAUCUUACUGUAGCUUUUUCCAUACAAAUAAAAUGCAUUUUCUACUAUG